UUUCAGCCUUUUCUUUAAGCCAGAAUUUGUGAUAUUAUAGAACUAAUCUUGGAAGGUUUAGGGUAAGUUUCAAUUUUUCUGAAAUUUUAGAGAUAUUGGGCAAGAUUCUCUGUGUUUUGAUGGCGAUCUUGAGACAUGCAAUUUCUUCCCUGUUUUAAUCCAAAAAUUUUAGCUUUAAAUUGGACGAGUGUUUUAAUCUAAAAUUUUAAUUGGAAAUUGCUAACUCAUGGAUCCAAAGUUUGAAAAAUCUUGAAGGAUGUUAGCUUGGUCAAUUAAAUCGUUGAAGUGGCCUAAUAUGCAGGGAAGAGUAGAAGAGAGUACUGGCCUUAUUUAGUGUUUUAGUAUAAUUUUUAAUGAGAUUGUGCUAAUAAUACUUUUUCUUGGAUCCAAAAAGUUUUAAGUAUAAUUUUAUAAGGGUAGUAUGGUAAAUCGCUAUAUUAUUAUAGCUCUAUAAAGCAGGGCAGAUUAUAAAGCCCUGAUUUCGAUUAAUUAUUGCACUACUUAGAUAUAAAAUUAGUUUCUAAAAUAUGGGAUAUUAGAAGUGGGAUGAGUUACUUGUUAAACCUAAAUUAAUAAUUUUUGGGAGUUAUAAGUAUCUAGAAUUAAUUAUGUAUAAAAGGGUGGAUCGAUAGAAAGCCACUAUUUAACUCCCAAUUAGUUUGUUUUAGGUUGAUUUUGAAGUAUCGAUUAUUAUGUUUUUAUUCGAUAGGUUGUUACCUUACAUGCUCGUUGGGUCCAGCCGUACAUGUGUGUAGUAGAUUGUUGUAUUCUUGAGCUUGAGUUUAGAUUAGGGCUUGACCCGAGCUGGCCAGAAAUAUAAAUUUAGACUGUAUGAUUAAAUUCAAGACAUAGUAAUUGGCUAGGUUAGGCCCAUACGUAAAUGGCUAGGUUAUCCAAAACAAUGUUAGGGUACUUUUAGACUAAUGAUAUUGAUAGGGUCCAACUACUUUCUUCCUUCAUUCCUUCAUUCCCAAGGAAGUCCACAACUAGGUAGUUAAUUUUAAGAAGCAUCUAUAUCAUAAUGAAAGUGCUUCAAAACUCCUCUAAAAUGCAUAGAAAGUGCUUGGCAACUUCACAAUCAGUCGAUCUAUCACCAUAUUUGGCAACAAAUUCAGGAGUCGCACCAAUCUUGCUGCCUAGCAAGUGGAUAAUUGGGUAUUACUAUAAAUAAAUGGGUUGAUAAAAUCCCUAGACAAGCAUAUAUAAAAUUACGUUACGAAUGAUGGGACAAAAAUUGUAGCCUCAUGAAAUGCAAGUCAAAUAUAUAGAAUUAUAUACUUAAUAAGUUUUUUUUUCUUUUUCUCUUUCUCAUUAUAAUAAUACCAUGAUUUCUUAAUUAAGAUUAAGAUUUAGAUUCUCUCGAAGAUGGUUAUAUUAUCUUCCGUUUAACCUCUAGCGCAAAGAGCUGAAUUUUCUCAUGGUACUUCUCUUUUGCUAGAAGCAAUGAGUCAGAAAACUCUAACCUUUUUUGUUUUUUGGAAAAUAGAUUCAAACCAUUUAUCGGCUCAUUGUGUUAAUUGUUAAAAUUUGGUUUUAGAGGAAUUAGUAUGACAUGCUGGUGUUGUGUUGAGAAAAAAAUGAGAAGUUCGAAUCUAACUAGAUGGAGAAGGCCCGUAUGCAUGUUAGAAACCAAUUCAACUUAAAAGCUUAAAGAAAUUGAAUUCAACUAGGAGGAGAAGGCCAAGCCACAUAAUGUCCAAAACUUUUGAAGUUUUGGACCAUCGAUCACUUUAACGAUUACACCAAGCCACAUAAUGUCCAAAACCACCUCAUUUUCUUGGCAAGUUUCUAAGCGUCUUCGAGCUGACUUCGAUGACUUUUAAGGUGGUUGACCACGCCUCCAAUUAACUUCACCUCCCGGUGAGCUUAGCAAAAUGGACUUCUUACAUUCCUAGAGCACAAAAGUCCUUGCGUCAAAGCUAAGCAAAUGAAGAUAUGCCAAUUAUUGGUGAGGUAACUGCACACGGGAAUGACCAGAACCUAAUCCUUUGAGUGGGGAAAUUGUUGUCUCUUUCUUGGUGGGGCUGUAAUUCUUUAUCUUCUCCUUGUAUCAUCUAUCAAGUAUAGUUUCAUAUUAUAAGUAGAAAUAUCUUCCUGUCUUCUAUAAACUAUAGUUUCAUAUUAUGUGUACAAAUAUCUUCCUGUCUUCAUGAAGAUUGAAGACAUAUUGGUUUGCAGCUCUACAUAUAUCAUAACUUUUCUUGUAGCUUCUCUUCAAUGGAAGACCAAUCUAGGUCUGGUUUUGAUGGAACCCAAGCACCUCGGACCCAAGGUCACAGCAUCGGGCCAUCGACAUCAGGCUCGAUGAAAUUACCUGGAUAUAUUCUUCGUAUUGUAGCCAUAGUUUUGACGUUUGUUUCAGCAAUUGUCAUGGGAGUUGCCAAGGAGCCUGUGACAGUCAUCGAAUCCAAUAAUUCCGGCCAGACAGUGAAUACUUUCACUGGCUCAAUCCGGACCAGAUACUCCUCCGCCUUUGUGUACUUCAUUGUGGUUAAUGUGAUUGUACUAAUCUACUCAAUAAUCUCGCUUGCAAUGGCUCUUCUAAAUAGAGGUGGCUCAAGAAGAAUAGCUAUGCACUUGUCCAUUGCUGAUUUGGUCAUGGUAGUUCUCCUCUUCUCCUGUAAUGGUGCGGCAGCUGCGAUCAGCGUCGUCGCCGACAAGGGGCUAAUACGAUUUGCUUGGCCCAAAUUUUGUUAUGCACUCCAUAAGUUCUGCGGGCAUAUUAAGGCUUCCAUCAUCUUGUCAAUGUUUGCAUCAAUGGCUUAUAUGCUGCUAGUUGGACUUGGGAUCAUCGAUCUCCACAUGAGGUUUCAAUAUGCUAACAUUUCUCAUUUCCAUCUCUCUCAUCUCAUCUCUUUCUUCCUAUCAUCUCCCUCUGUGUCUCUAAGUUUGGGAAUGGAGUCCCAGUUCAAGCCUGGAUUUGAUGGAACACAAGCGGCUGCGAGCCGAGCAAACGAAGCUGCAGCGGCAUCGCCGAGCCUGGUAAGACUGCCUGGUUUCGUUCUCCGCGGUAUCGCGAUAGUUCUGACGUUCAUCUCUGCGAUCGUAAUGGGUGUCGCCAAGGAGGAUGUUACAUUGAUUGUUGGAAGUGUUGAUUCUACCACUACAAUUUCCUACAAUGCAUCAAUCAAGUCAACCUACUCCGCUGCAUAUGUGUACUUUAUAGUGGCCAAUGUGCUCGUAUUCGUGUACACUCUGAUAUCCUUAGUGAUAUCUCUUGCAAACAGAUCUGGCUCAAGAAGCAUGGAGCUGCCAUUGAACAUUGCAGAUCUAUUGAUGGUAGCUCUCCUCUUCUCGAGCAAUGGCGCGGCGAUUGCAAUUGAUAUUGUGGCUGAACAUGGGCAGUCACGCUUGGGAUGGGGUAAAUUUUGUGGUGAUGUUCAUAAAUUUUGUGGGCAUGUUGCAGCAUCCAUUGUCUUGUCGAUGAUCGCCUCUCUAGCUUACAUGAUACUUGUUACAAUCACUAUGGUUGGUCUUCACAAGGGAUCUCAGUAAAAUCUGAGAUCAGUGACUUUAUCUAGGUUUGCUUAUGGAUAUGUUUUGGUUGUUACAGAAGAGGAGUGGAAUUGUAUUUGAAAAUGUUGUGUUAGGUAUUAUAUUUAUACUCUGAUUCGCCGUUUGUCAAAAUUGGGUGUAACAUUGCAUUAAUAAGAUAUCUCAUCCUGGAAAUCUUAAAUA